AUGGACGUCCAACUCUUAUCAGGACUGCUUCUCAAGCUCGAAAGCUACCCAGCUCUCAAGGCAAAAAUAAAAUCUCUCUACAACGAAACAGCCGAAAACAGCGCUCGAGUUGAAGAAGUCUAUAAUUCCUUGAUCUCUCUAGUUGACUCAAUUCCUCUGCCAGUCGCCAAAGUUCGGCCAGUCAAAGUCUAUAUGGCUGCCUGCAUGGACAUAAUUCACUCAGGCCACUUCAACUGCAUGAGACAAGCCAAGAAGCUCGGCGAUAUUCUUGUCAUUGGAGUCAUUUCAGAUGAGGAAAUCAGACGAUGCAAAGGGCCACCAGUGAUGAACCAAGAAGAAAGGAGAAUCAUGGCUGAAGCUUGCAAAUGGGCUGACGAAGUAAUAGACGGGGUCGAAUAUUAUGUGACUCCAGACAUACUGGAGAGGGUUGGCUGUGAUUAUGUAGUCCAUGGAGAUGAUUUGGCAAUUAGAAAAGACACAGGGACUGACGCAUAUGCUGACGUCCGAGCUGCAGGGAAACUAAAGAUCAUUAAGAGGACUGAAGGGAUUUCAACCACUGAUAUGGUUGGGAAAAUGCUUUUAAUGACUUCUAAUGAGCUUGUAACAUCACCUCCAACACAGAUUUCGGCAUCAACCAAAACUCAGUUUUUGUCAACUACAAGGAGAAUCAACCAGUUUUCGACUCCCAAAACCCCAGCUCCCACUGAUAGGAUUGUAUAUAUUGAUGGUGCCUUUGACCUUUUGCAUCGUGGACAUGUGGAAACAAUAAAGCGAGCCAGGGAGUUCGGCGACUAUUUAAUUGUAGGAGUUCACGAUGACAGGACAGUAAAUUCUAUCAAAGGGCUUAACUACCCUAUAAUGAACUUACACGAGAGAACACUCAAUCUUUUAGCUCUCAAAUACGUCGACGAUGUGAUUAUGGGAGCUCCUUGGGAAAUCACUGAAGACAUGAUAAAGACCUUAAACAUCCAGGUGGUCGUUCAAGGGACCAAUCAUAAAGACUCAAUGGUAUCCACUCCUCACGAAGACCCUUACACAGUCCCUAAAAGGCUUGGAAUCUACCAAGAAAUUGACAGCGUCUGCAACAUCAAUGCUGAAGACAUCGUCGACAGAAUUGUAGCCCACCGUCUUCAAUACACAAAGAGAAACGAAAGAAUGACCGCAAACCAGCAGCAGUACUACGAGAACAAGCAAUUCGUCCCAGAAAUUUAG